UUAUAUUUUAAUUUUUAGAUUCAUGAUAUACAUGCAGUCCAAGAUGUGCCAAAUUGCAGCCUGUUUAGUUCCAAAAUUUAAAUUAAAUUGGGUUACACAAGAACGGAACGGCAUUAAGAAUACUUUUAUAGAAGCUGUAGUUGAUUAUUCAACAACAGAAAUAAAUUCUCAAGAAUAUAAUCUACAAUCUACAUCUAGUGCUUUGUCUAGAGAAUGUCCCAGCACUAAUAGUGAUUCCGAGGAUGAUUUUUUUAGUUUUGGGGAAAAUAGUUCUGAUACAAAUGUUAAUAUCAAACUUCUGGUUAAUAAUUAUUUGUCUAAUGGAAAUUUAAAAUCUCCAUUAGAAAUUCCAAUCAUCCUUAAGGACAUGUAUAUUAAAUAUAAUACUGCUGUACCUUCUUCUGCACAUGUGGAACGGUUAUUCAGUGCUGGAGGUCAGUUAUUGAGCAAAAGAAGAGGAUCAAUGGUAGACCAAAAUUUUGAGAUGUCAUUAUUAAUGAAAUUUAAUAGGUAUUUUGAUUGACCAGUUAGUUGUUCUUUUGUUUUAUUUUAAAUAAACAGUAUAAUAUUAAUA